AUGAAUGUCCAGUACAACGCUGCUUUGCGGCAGAGCAAAUCAAUCCGCGCCGAGCUCGAAGCCCUCAGCUCCAAGGGUGCGCCCACACCCGGCCAGAUUGGCAAUGUGUCAGCCUCGCUCUCAUCAUUCUCCAAAGGCAUCGACGAGUACAAACGUCUCGCCAGGCAGGAGCUUGUGCCCAAGAGGCAGGAGGAGGCCUUUGAACGCGUGAAGCGAUUCCGAGAGGACCUGACUGAUUUCCGGUCGCAAAUCGACGGGUUAAAAACGAUGCGGGAAGAAGCCCAGCAUCAGAGCAACAGAGCCGAGCUUCUCGGGCGGAGGCCGUACAACGCGACCCCGGAGAAUCCUUACGCGAAUACGUCGACGACCGCCAACUCGGCGUUUCAGCCUCGCAACCCAUCGCAAACAGGUGGGCAGCUCUCCACUGGCUCUGCCGACGAGAUGCGGGAGGCGCAUGCUUUCCGGGAGCAGGCCUUUUUCGCAAGCACCCAUUCGGCAUUGGAUGAUUACAUUGCCAGAGGACAGGCUGUCUUGGGAGACCUUGGCCAGCAGCGGGAAAUGCUCAAAAACACGCAAAAGAGGCUUUACAGCGUUGGCAACACUCUGGGCAUCAGUGGGGACACGAUUCGCAUGGUAGAGCGACGAGCUCGCCAGGACAAAUGGAUCUUCUUUGGCGGCGUCGCUGUCUUCUUCGCCUUCUGUUGGUUGGUACUACAUUACUUGCGGUGA